AAAACAAUGUCCACCAAACUAAACUUCUUCUUCUUCUUCUUCAUCAUCUUCAUUGUAUCACCACUAACAAUAAUGAACUCAUGCAUGGCAGGAAAGAUAGCAAUAUAUUGGGGCCAAAACGGCAAUGAAGGCACACUAGCAUCAACAUGUGCAACCGGAAACUAUGCAUAUGUGAACCUUGCUUUCCUCUGUUCAUUUGGCAACUUCCAAAAGCCACAACUCAACCUCGCCGGCCACUGUGAUCCUUUCUCCGACGGUUGCACAAAUCUCACUCAAGAAAUCACUUCUUGCCAAGCCUCCGGAGUCAAAAUCCUCAUCUCCAUCGGCGGUGGCGCCACCGCCUACACUCUUGUCUCCGUCGCCGACGCUCGCUACCUCGCCGACUAUAUUUGGAAUAACUUCCUCGGCGGUCAUUCUUCGGCUCGCCCUUUGGGCGAUGCAGUGCUCGACGGUGUGGACUUUGACAUCGAAGGUGGCAGCCCUGAUUAUUAUGGUGAUCUAGCUAGAUUUUUGAAAGAUUACCAGAAUAAUAAUGAAAUUGAAGGGAAAAGAAGGCAAGUGUACUUGUCAGCUGCACCACAAUGUCCAUACCCGGACCAGUGGAUUGGGAAAGGGUUGGAGACAGGGUUGUUUGAUUAUGUUUGGGUGCAGUUCUAUAAUAACCCACCAUGUCAGUAUCAGUCUGGUGAUGUUACUAAUCUUGAUGAUGCUUGGAAGCAGUGGACGGUGGGGAUCACUGCAAAGAAUGUAUUUCUUGGAUUGCCGGCGGCGCCGGAGGCUGCCGGAAGUGGGUUUAUUCCGGUGGAGGAUUUGAGUUCAAAGGUGUUGCCAAUGUUGAAAGGGAGUGAGAAGUAUGGAGGGGUGAUGCUUUGGUCUAAAUAUUAUGAUGAUCAGACUGGGUAUAGUUCUGUUAUCAAGAAUUAUGUUUGAUUUUUGUGUCUGUGUUUUGUGGCUUUACUUUUCAUGUGUCUGUUUUUGUGCUUGUUUGGUUUAUUGUAUAAAAGUUUUUUUUUUAAAAACAAAUGUGGAUAAGUCAUAUCUCAGGUGCAAAACAUGAGCAGGCACAUACUUGUAUGUAAACGGAGGUCGAGACACAAAUACAUUAUACGAAGAACAUGUUACCAAUAGAAGAACAUGUUACCAAUAGACUAAAUGCGGACAAGACAGAUUUGUAUACAAAUUAAAAUUCAAACUGAAUUUCUCAGUGAGACACGAACAGACUGAUACAAUAAACCAAACGAUAAUUAAUGUAUAAUUUUUUUUUUUUGAGUACACUAAAAAUCCUAAAAAAUUAAAUCUUUCGCGUGUUUUCGAGUCAUAUUUAUGACUCAAACUCGGGCAACCCAAAACAUCUACACAUCUAUACUUCGGCCAACCGAUGGUGUAUUUUAAUAAUAAUAAUAAUAAUAAUAAAAUUA